AAUAAAAGACUUGCCCACACAAGCAGCAGCAGCAGUAAAGUUGACCAGGCUGACGUGUUGUCCUCUCAAGCUUUUCUUUUACUGCCCUGAUCAGCUGUCAGACUUUACUGAACCACCAGCUCCAUCGGCACUGACAGGAUGGAUCUGGAAGAGUGGAGGUCUACCUUCAAGAUCGAAGCUGACGGUCUCCUGCAUGGAGACACCUGGAAUCUGGAGUUUGAUUCCAGUAUUCACCCAGAACAUCCUCAGCCCGGAUGGAAGGAGUACAUCAGGAAGACUAGUGCAAGGUUUCAGUGCAGCCUGUGUCGAAGGGGCUGGCCCUCCAACCGAGUGAUGGUGUACUUCCACAUGCAGCUGGAGGGCAGCACUGGCACCGUCAAAGUGAAGCGCUUCCGUCAGAACUGCAAAAGGUGCCACAAUGCCCCAAUGGUUGAUCCCAUCGUAGAGCCGGAGAACAUCACCAUCCUCAUGAAGAACCUGGUGAAGAAGAUCAGAAUUAAGUGCUACAACGAAGACCUGGAUCAGGGCAACUACAAUUACACGAAGAUCGAAGUCAAAAGUCCCCACGAGCCUGCCCACUGCGAGGGAUGUAUUCAAGGCUUCUGUACCAAAGAGUGAACCACGCUUUGUGAUCACACAGUUUUGUGCCGUUGCUUUUGGCAUCACUUUUAACUUUGUUUUGUUUAUAAAUGUGCCUAAAAAUAAUACCUUGCCCAUAUUUAAUAUUCUGGGGGGGAGGGGUGUGUUGUAAACAGAGUAUUUAAUUUGUUGUUAUGCUCUUAUUAAAUUAUAAUUUACAAAAAAAACUCUCUCUGUCUCUCAACUCUUCUUACGAGGAAAGAAGCGUUUGUCAACUUAUUUCAAAUUACAACAUUGAGUAAAUCUGACUUUUCUUUCUAUUGUCCUAUACAGUGGAGCCGGAGGUGUGGUGGAGAGAAAUGGAAAAUAAUGGCGGAUAUGAAAAGAGAAGUGUUUUAAUGUUGUAGAAGAAAUGUGAAUGUUGUGCAGAGGUCUUGUCUGUGCAUUAGUCAAUAUAAUCAAAACUUCUGUGUGUGAUGUAAGAUUAAAACAGUAGGAUUUGGUCUCCGAGCAUAAGUUACCAUGUUACCCAUGUAAACAAAGAGGAGUAACACUUUCAUAUUCUGUGUGCAAAUGUAUUUUUAUUUGGUGUUGACAUCGAGCUGAGCAACAUGAGACUUCAGUGCUCCUCCCUGGUCAUUAUCUAACCGGAAACUUAAGUUUCGUUUUCCUCUAACAGUUGUCAGGACGACAUCACUUUCAGUUCGCUGGACAGGACAAACAGCCCCAUUGUGCAAAAAGAGAAAUGGUGAACAGGCACAGGAAUCUUUCUAACAAGCUGUUCAUUUAGUUUAUACAUCAGCUGACUUUAGAGCCACCUGGACCACUUGUACAGACAGGAUGAAGUACACAAAUAAAAAAUCCACCCUCAAAGUCUGAAAGUG